AUGGAUCCGAAUCUUUCAGAUCUUUCAGCAUGGAACAUACGUAAUCCCCAGCAACCUAAUCCAGGUUAUCCUGAUAUGUCUUCUGUAGGUUAUCCGGGAAUAACUCCAGGAGGAUAUCCAGGAUAUCCUGAUUCGUCUGGGGGUUUAUCGAGUUCAAACACAAGUACAUAUCCAGGAAUGUCAUCUGGAGGAUAUUCUGACCUACCGUCAGGAGGUUUCGCAAAUUUAAACACAACUGCAUAUCCAGCACCUAUAAUGGGUGGGUUCGAUGGACAGUCAGGAGUAAAUUUCAAUAACACACCUUUCGGUGCUCCUAGUGGUUAUCCCGAUCAGCGUUUGAACAACCCAACUGCUCCAUUUUCAAGCCAACAAGGUUAUACAAAUCCUUCUUAUGGCAAUAAUCCAUCUGCUACAUCAUAUCUACCAGGUACAACCUCAUUCAAUAUCGAUUAUGCACGUCAAAUGCAAAGUCCUUAUAUUUCUGGGAAUCCCAAUUCACAAAAUCUCCACACAGAUUAUUGCCCAAAUAUACCACCAUCAGGUGGAAGUUCAUUUGGUAGCAACCCAGUGAACACGAAUCAAGGAUCUGUAUAUCCGAUGUUUAACGAUUUCCCUACUCCGAUUUCAUCUCAAUCGAAUGAGUUUUCUGUCUCAUGCAGAGUUUAUGGGUUUGCUGAAUCAGCUCCACACGAAGAUAUAAUGGAGCCAACUUUAAAAGCAGCACCUAAUUUUUGUGUUGAACGAGACUGUGAACGUUUAAAAAAGGCUAUGGCCGGAUUAGGAGCAAAUGAAAAAGAGGUCAUCGAAGUAAUGGGUCAUCGAUCUGUUGAUCAACGUGUAGCAAUUGUACAAAAAUAUAAAUCAAUGUAUGGAAAAGAUUUAUUUGCCAAAUUUAAAUCUGAAUUACAUGGUCACUUAGAAGACUGUGUGAUCGCGUUGUGUUACUCACCAGCGGAAUUUGAUGCUAUUGAACUUCGUAGAGCAAUGAGAGGAGCUGGUACUGAUGAAGAUGCACUGAUUGAAAUUCUUUGUUCAAGGACAAAUGAGCAAAUCAGAAGAAUUAAGGAUAUUUAUCCAAAAUUGCUAAAUGGACGUAACUUAGAGAAAGAUGUUGAUAAUGAAACUACACAUCAUUUUAAACGUAUAUGUAUUGCUUUGCUGCAAGCAAAUAGAGAUGAAUCUACAUUUGUAGAUACGAAUCUUGUACGGAGAGAUGCGGAAGAUCUAUAUAGAGCAGGGGAGCAAAAAAUAGGAACAGACGAAUCAAAAUUCAUUCACAUCCUGGUUACGCGAUCAUAUGCUCACUUACGAGCUGUAUUCAAUGAAUAUACAUCACUUGGCAAGCGUAAUAUGGAAGAUGCUUUAAAAUCAGAAAUGCAUGGGCACACACUCAGUGCCUUACUGUCUAUUGUUCGUUGUAUACAAAAUAAGCCACGAUAUUUUGCAGCGAAAUUAUUAAAAGCUAUGAAAGGUGCUGGAACAGAUGACAGGACCCUUAUUCGUAUUAUUGUAUCUCGUUGUGAAGUUGAUAUGGGACAAAUUAAAAAAGAGUUUCAUGGUUUAAAAGGGAAAACAUUAGAGGCAUGCAUACACACCAUUUUGCCGACUUUUCAGGAGGGUUACGUAUAGAUUGUGCAAUCCCUUAUGUAGCUACAGAUUAAGUGUAAAAGCAAACUGAUCUGCAUCCAGAACGAUUCCUGACUUAAUCAGUGCUUGUAUUGGAAAACAAAUGAUAUGCAGACUUCGAGGUAACCGUUCAUGCUGCACAAGUUUGGACGUCCCUAAUUUCGCUCUCAUUCUCCGCUUAUUCAACUUCACUUUGUCUGAUAACUUAUACUACUUAUUAAUAUUCAGUAACCAGUUCCAUGUUCAAUAGCCUAUGAGCAUAUGAUGUAACUUAUGUUUGUUGUGCAAUAUUCCUAAGUACUUAUAUAAAUUAAUAUUUACCUUACUCAUUAUCGUAAUUACAUCUUCAUAACACUUGCAACAGUUAAACUUAGUUUCCCUGAAUUCGUUGGAUAUCUUUUUAAACUCAACACCUUCCAUAAUUUUGUGUUCGUAGUCUCCGUUUGAUUGUUGAUAGCCAUUAUUAACUUUAGACACAGUUACCGGCUGCAAUUUACACUAUCAUAUGUUGUAAUACAUCUUUAUGAAAUGACAGUGUUAUGACUGUGUUCAGCAGAUUAGAGGGCAGCUUACUAUCGAUCGGACCAAAGACGCGUAAACACGUAAGAACGGCCUAGAGUUCUGAUUGGUCCCGCUUCCCUGUUUAGCCCAGCCAGUUGAGUCCAGAA